UACCCCACAACAAAUGAUGUAUUUCCGGUGUAGCAAAUCAGCGCGCUGAAUUCGAGUGACUGUCGGCUUUCUGACAGCACAGCGGACCGUCAAUAGUUUCUUGGGUACCCGAACUUUGGUUGAUGCAAGUUAUAGGUGCAAGGAAUGGAGGGCGACAGAAUGGAGGUGGGAAACCAGAAACAAAACAUCCAUGUGGAGGUCCAUGUUAAAUCUCACAGCACAGCUAAACUGUCUGAAGUGAGGAUGCAUGUUCUGGCUCUACUGAAUCGCCACAGCAUGGUUUUUGGAAACUACAGAUGGACAGAGUUUGAUGAAGACUUCCUGCAGAAACACGUGGAAUCUGUGGCUCUAGCUGAUGUCGAGGAAAUGGUCACACAGCCCCUUGAUUUGAAGAGCUGCUCUGUCUCCGUUCACAUCUUCACUCUGAAUGAGGAUGGACCCAGCACGCUCACUUUGGAGGAGGAUGAGGAGCUUUCAGCCGCCAAUCACUGGUUGCUGCCAGCAGCUGAAUUCCAUGGGAUUUGGGAGAGUCUGGUUUAUGAGAGUGGAGUCAAAACCCAGCUCCUGGAUUAUGUCACAACAACAAUUUACUUCUCAGACAAAAAUGUUGACAGCAACCUGAUUUCAUGGAACCGUGUUGUGCUGCUUCAUGGACCCCCGGGCACAGGGAAAACGUCACUGUGCAAAGCUCUUGCCCAGAAGCUGUCAAUCAGACUGUCAAGUCGGUAUUCUUAUGGGCAAUUUGUCGAGAUAAACAGCCACAGCUUGUUCUCAAAGUGGUUCUCAGAGAGCGGUAAGCUGGUCACGAAGAUGUUUCAAAAAAUCCAACAACUGAUUGAUGACAAAGAUGCUCUUGUAUUUGUUCUGAUUGAUGAGGUGGAGAGUCUGACAGCAGCUAGGAAUGCCUGCCAGGCAGGAACAGAGCCCUCUGAUGCCAUCCGAGUGGUCAACUCUGUUCUCACUCAACUGGACCAGAUCAAACGACAUUCCAACGUCGUGAUCCUGACAACCUCCAACGUAACAGAAAAGAUAGACUUGGCAUUUGUGGACAGAGCUGACAUCAAGCAGUACAUCGGACCCCCAUCUGAGAAGGGCAUCUACAACAUCUACCUCUCCUGUCUGGAGGAGCUGAUGAAGUGCCAAGUCAUCUACCCCCGGCAGCAGCUGUUUACCAUGUUUGAGCUCGAGACGAUGGGCUUUGCAGAGAGUGAGGUGUCCGAACACAGUCUGAACCUGAGGGACAUUGCUCUAAAAAGCAAAGGUUUGAGUGGAAGAGCACUCAGGAAGUUACCAUUUCUAGCCCAUGCACUGUUUGUAAAGACACCGACAGUGACUCUUGAAAGGUUUCUGGAGGCUAUGGACCGAGCGGUGGAUAAACAGAGGGAGGAAAAAGCUAAUCUGGUCAACAGUGUCUGAAUUUAAUACAAUGUCCAAAGGCUGACACGUGAUUGUUCAUAAGCUCUCGAUCCCAUGCCUUGUUUGUUUGUAGUUUGGAAAACUACAGCGCUUACAUCUUUUUAUAAAGCUUAAUCGAUUCAUUUGGCAGCACUAUGUUGUGUGUAUAUUGGCAAGUUUUAACAAAUGCAAUCUAUAACAUAAGGCUUUAUUCAGGUAAUUCUGGUGGUGCUACUACCUUUAGAAGGCCAAAUCCAUGUCGGUUUCAGUAUUGGCAGUUUGGUUUAAGAUGCUUGAAUUUUCUAUGUGCUAUUAACCCAAGUGUUUACUCUGUUCUUAGUUUCAAACUGAUAUUUUUAUGUAACAUGCAGCUUUAACCUCAACAGCUCCAGCUUCUUUUUGUUCCCAUGUUAAAGGGAUAGUUCAGAUUUGUAUUGGCAUAAAUUAUUGGCAUCAUUUACUUUCUUGUAUUGAUAUCACUGCAUACACAUUAGCUCAGUUUGCGGAUUUUGUUGGAGAUGUCCCAUUGAAAUGGCAGCUUGUCAGACAGAAAUGAAAAGCAGUCCCAUGAUAGGCCCAAGGCCCCAGUGGACAGUGAAGCAUUAGAAAUGCAGUAAAGGUGAUGCAAUUUGUUGUGGAAGGUUAAGAUUUUUUGACUGUUGUGUUGUGGUUCCAUUUUCUGCUGUUCAUUUCUGCCAUACAAAUCCACAGGAUCUGUAGAAUAAGCUAAUGUCCAUGUACGGUACCAACUUUAUGUUGAAAAAUGUGAACUGUACCUUGCAUGUAACGCAUGUAACAAAACAUGCGUUUUGUUUUUUCUAAGCAGUUUGUGUAUUAUACGUUUUAAAAAUGGAUAUUCCUCAUAGACCAGCGGUUAAAAAUGUUCAGUUAUAUUUGUCAGUUCUGUAUUUAUGCUAAUAACAACUGCUCUUUAACCUCUCAAGAUUCAUAUGUUCAUUACAACUUUAUUUUGUAUAUAACAUUGAAAUAAACAAUACUGUUUAUGCUUG